CUAUAUUUUAGUACAUUCCAAGAGCAUCGACUUACGAUUAAAGAACUAGCUGAGCAAUUUCCCGAAUCAAAUAUUAACGUCGAUGAUCCACCAUCGAGCAAAGGCUUAUCAAAUGAUGAAGCAGAUCGACGAUUAUUGAGAGAUGGAUCAAACGUGUUAGCACCCCCAGCUGAGAUAAGCAAUGUUAAAUUAUUCCUUCGGCAGUUUCUCAAUCUGUUUUGGAUAUUACUUAUUGGUGCAGCUAUUCUCAGCCUUAUGACUUAUUUCUUAGAUACAAAAAUUGUUAUCAAUCUUUACACGGCGAUCGUUUUAAUUCUAAUCGUUCUUAUAAUGUGUGUUGUAACGUUCUUCGAGGAGAAGAAAGCAAUAAGUGUUGUAAAAGGAUUUACAAAUUUGCUUCCAACUAAAUGUUCCGCUAUUCGAGGUGGAGAACAAAUUGUUAUCAAUACAGAAAAUGUUGCAGUAGGCGACAUUGUCAUAAUUAAGAAUGGAUCCCGUGUACCAGCUGAUAUGAGAGUCUUGUGGUGUUCUGAUCUCAAACUUGAAGCAUCCUCGAUAACAGGGGAAGCCGAGCCGAUUGAAUAUAAUUAUGAACCGGUUGCUGAACAUAUUGAUGUUUUUGAUGCGAAUAAUGUUGCGUUCAAUGGUUCAUUCUGCGUAGAUGGCGAUGGUAUUGGUCUCGUAAUAAGAACUGGUGAAAGAACGAUAAUCGGUCAAAUAGCAUCUUUGACAACUACUCAAACAGAAACGAAAUCUUCGCUUGAAGUUGAGAUUAACCGAUUUGUUAAAUUUGUAUUCAUAUCGGCAUUAAUUAUGGGCUUUAUGGUUUUUUUAAUUGGUUGUAUAAUGACGAAGUUCGAAGAUAUUCUUGGUUUAUUUUCUUCCGGAUUUCUUGUGGUGAUUGUGGCUAAUGUUCCUCAAGGAUUACCUGCAACUGUGACAUCCGAAUUAACAAUAAUUGCUCGCCGCAUGGCUAAGAAGAAUGUUUUUAUGAAGAAACUUGGAGUUGUUGACGCAUUUGGAGCAGCAACUGUAAUCGCAUCUGAUAAAACUGGAACUCUUACAACUAAUGAUAUGGCCGUUACAGAUGCUUGGGCUGGUUUAAGAUAUAUCAACGGUGUUCCUGAAAUAAGACAUAGGACAUUGAAUUCUAUUCGAAAUCAACCUGGUGGAAUUGGUCUUGAGGUGUUUGAAAAACCUAUUCCCGACUUGAUCGCUGUGAUGACCUUGUGCAAUAAAGCUCAAAUUGAACUCAGAAACCAAUUAACUAUGCGUCCAAGAAUAAAUCCUUCACUUUCCACAAUGUGUGGCGGAUUGUCAGCCGAUCGAAAAAUAACUGGUACACCCUCAGAAGUUGCACUCCUACGUUAUGCUGAUAAAGUGGCAAAUAUAGUCUUUGAAAUUCCAUUCAAUUCUGUGCGCAAAUAUCAUUUGAUUAUAGUUCAAGAAGUUAAUGUUUCAAUCAAUCGAAAUGAUUACUGCAAGUUUAUACUAAUGAUUAAGGGAGCACCAGAAGUUUUAAUUACGAAAUGUUCGCAUAUUGCGCAUAACGAAGGUGAUACACUCAUCAAUGAGGAUUUGAAGAUGGAUUUUCAAGAUGCCUAUGAACAUUUUGGCAAUAACGGUCGUCGUGUUAUUGGAUUCGCUAAGAAAGAGUUUGAAACGAAAGCAGAUACUAAAUUUAUUGCUGAUGAACAAAACUUUCCAACUUCAAAUCUAAUAUUUAUUGGAAUGGUAGGAAUUAUGGAUCCUCCUAGACCCGACACCGCAAGUGCUAUUGCUCAAUGUAAGGAAUCCGGAAUUAAAGUUUUUAUGGUCACCGGUGAUCAUCCAUCCACAGCAACAGCGAUCGCAAAAGAAAUAGGUUUGGUUGGUGAAAAAGAAAAGGUGACCCUUAACAUAAUAAAUAUCAUCACUGGAUUUUAUAAAUAUCCAUCAUUUUCCAUUCUCUUAACUCAUAAUUAUAUCGUAUUUGCUAGGACAACUCCUGAGCAAAAACUAUUGAUUGUUGAAAAGUGUCAAGCAAGAGGUGAAAUAGUUUGUGUGACGGGUGAUGGUGUCAAUGAUGCUCCAGCCCUUAAAAAAGCAAAUAUUGGCGUUGCUAUGGGUGUCACAGGCAGCGAUGUGGCAAAGCAAGCAGCUGAUGUUGUUUUGAUGGAUGACAAUUUCGCAUCAAUAGUGAAAGGAAUUGAAGAAGGCCGUUUAUUAUUUGACAAUCUGAGAAAAACAAUCGCUUAUACGCUUACGCACACUAUUCCUGAAGUCGUCCCUAUAGUGCUUAAUUUCUUACUUGGAGUCCCUAUGGCUAUUACUUCAUUACAGAUUUUAAGCAUCGAUUUGGGUACCGAGAUCACACCUGCAAUUUCAUUAGCAUAUGAAAACGCAGAAAAAGAUAUCUUGAAUAAACCACCAAGAAAACAAAAUACUCGUCUUGUCAAUUUCACACUUUUGCUUUAUUCAUAUAUUCUAGCAGCGGGCAUAGUUAUUGGAUGGUCAACAGCAGCUUACCUUUACGUUUAUUCGUACCACGGUAUAUCUUUAUCAGAUUUGUUCUUUAGUGCUCAAAAAUAUUUCAAAUAUAAUGCAGUUGGUAAUUUCACUAGUAAUGGCAAUUUAUACGAUGAAGCAGAACAAGUGAAUAUAAGGAAUCAAGCAGCAUCUGCGUACUAUUUGACCUUGGUCAUGUCUCAGGCAUUCCAUAUCUGGAUGUGUAGUACUCGCCGAAUUUCAUUCUUUCAACAUGGAGUCAAUAAUACGGUGACCAUAUAUGCCGUAGUUAUCGAGGUAUUACUUAUCAUAAUUUUCAUAUAUACUCCUGGAAUUCAAUUUGUCAUGGGUUCGAGCCCACCACCAUAUAAGGCAUGGUAUUUCUGUAUUGGGUCAGGAAUAUGUCUGUGGGUAUUCAAUGAAAUGAGGAAGUACGGCAUAAGACAUUGGCCGAAACACAAUCUAGUGAGAUUAUUCAAAUGGUAG